AUGUUGCUGCGGAGGGCGCGCGGGCUGGCGGGGGCGCGCCGCGGGGAGCCCCCAGAUGGUGCCGGCAGCCGCGGGGGGGUGCUCAGGGAAGGGACCCCAUACCCCCACCCCACCAUCUCCAGCCUUCGGGAACUUUCGGACACCCCAGCAAAGGCUGGUGGCACCUCGGACUCCCUGGGGAGCGACGGUGGGACAGGCACCCCCCAGGGUGAGAAGGGUCUCCCUUCUGCUGCCCCCCCAAUCCCCCCACCACCCACGCACUGCUGUGGGACCGGCUGCCCCAGCUGCGUCUGGGUUGGGUAUGUGGAGGAGCUGCUGGAGCAGUACCAGGAUGGCGGGGAGCGGGCCUUGGCUGCCGUGGAGGAGCAUGUGGAGGAUGAGAACAUUAAAAUGAUCCUCAAGAUGGAGAUCAGGCUGCGCAUGGAGAAGCACUGA